AUUUCUCUUAAGCUGCAUUUACUAAAGAGACUUGAGUGUUGUAGUAAGCGCUCUGCAAAUAGAAAGGUCGAAAUUUAACGACGCUCUCUGAAAAAAGAAGUAUUUGGAUGCAGAGGUUUUCAAGGCCAAGAAAUCAAUUGAAAGGGAAGACAGAAGGCAAAGAUAUUUGAAUGGCGCAGCGGAACUCUGUACAAGUUAUUAUGACAAAUGCCUCCUUCGAAGACAACGAAACAGGACAGCACAACAAGACGGUGGUGUUUUUUUCAUUUUUAGGUUUAAUGUCAAUUUUCAUUGUUGCUAUCAACUGCUUCGUCGUGUUCUUGGUUUGGAAAAAAAAGGUUCUUCGUACACCGGCGAACAUUCUUUUGACAAGCCUUGCAUGCGCCGAUUUCUUUUCAGGAUCUUGUGCAAUUCCACUGAUCAUAGCCUGCCAGCUUUUGGAAACACGUCAUUCGUGGAGUGGACCCCUUUGCCUGAGCAUGGAUCUUAUAAGCAGAAUGUUGUCAAUAUCCUCCAUUCUUCACUUACUAGUUAUCGCUGUAGAGAGGUACGUCGUUAUCGUACGCCAUGUUAAACCAGACGACUUUGUCAGCUGCAAGAAAUACGCUGUCAUCGUGUCUGCUUUGUGGCUUAUUCCUUUAUCUGCGUCUUUCAUACAACUAACGUGGAUUCAUAUCAAAGAUGGCGUCCCACAGUUGCGAGGUAUCUCGAAAUCCGAAAUCAUUUACGACCUUGUUUGCAUCUUCGGAUUCGUCGUUUUUCCUUUGACGAUCAUUGUUAUCGCUUACAGCAAAGUUUUUUCUGUUUUGCGAAGGCACGCUAAAGAAAUAGACAAACAGACAGCCCUUUUUAUGACAUCUUCCAGGAAUCAAGGUCAUAAACUAAAGGAAAAGCGAGCCACAUUUAUCUACGCAUCAAUGAUCGUCUUUUACGUAAUUGGGUGGUUUCCUUACUUUCUACUAUCUUUGUCUUAUGACCUGGGUGUUGAGGAAGUGCUCACUAUCCCCUAUUGGACUGACACUCUUUUCAUGUUUUUAAGAUUUCUGAGUCCGCUGGUCAAUCCUUUAUUAUACACAUUCUUUAAACGGGAUUUCAAAGAUGUGAUUUUUUCUAUGAGAGGGGGAUCUAAAGCGCACGCUGACACACUGUUGGAGAACUCUUCCCAGUUUGAUACGAUUCAGUUGCGAUAUCUGGGAGAUUCAGCGACAUCAAGUGAACCUCUGUGAAUAAAAUGGUGCUUUGAUUGUUAUGCCAUCCCACUAUGGUGAACUUAGCGCGUAUAUAGAACUAAUUCAACUUUGUAAUUUGUGCCAUGAGCUAAAGCCGACGGUAGUCAUGAUUGACGAAAUAACUGAACCACACUGCAGCUGGAUAUUGACACUUUUUAAUUUUGACACAGGUUAAAAAUAAUGCUUUUGUAAAACGUAUGAAGCAUAAGGAGUAAAGGCUUCAAUCUUUGCCCUUCUUAAUAAACGAUAGGCUAUUAGACUGAACCUGAUCGGCCUACAUACCACUGACAAGGAGCAAACAGUGACCCUGGGCUCGAGAUUGGAUAUUCAAUGGCUCUUAAAAAGAUGGGCAGUUCAGACUGCAUAUGGCUACUGAUAUAGCAGAAGUUUUUAUAGCAUUGAAAAGAACCUGGGGUUGUAUGAUGAUGCUAGAAGGUAGCGCUGCAGAAGAUCUGUCUCGCAUACAAAACAGAAAAUCUGCCGCAUCCCACAUACUUAUGAGAGCCCUGUUCCACAAGAGAAAGAAGAUUCAAGAAUACAGUGAAUAAUUGACACUCAACCACUAAUUAAAUGGUAACACAUAAUAAUAUUAACGAUAACAACGUAACAAAGAUAAUAAUGAUGAUGAUGACAAAAGUAAUAGUAAUGAUAGAUUAUAGGGGCUAGCUCAAAAACCUCACUGUUCCUCCAUCGGUCUAUCCUUAGGCUUCAAUAAUGAUUAGGCUAGCCUUCUUUUAAUUUUGAUCUGCCUGUUAAUUAUAAACCAUUUUCUCAUUUCAUUGCAAUUCCACUUUUGUGAAACUUUUGUUCAUUCAACAGGGCAUUCUGCGUUGUAGAAUAUUCCGCCAUUCCGCUAUUCCAUCAUUCCAUCAUUCAACCAUUCUACCAUUCUACCAUUCUACCAUUCUCCCUUUCCACCAUCCCACCAUUUCACCAUUUCACCAUUCCACCGGUACCAUUCCACCAUUCUACCAUUCCACCAUUCCACCAUUCUACCAUUCCACCAUUCUACCAUUCUACCAUUCCACCAUUCUACCAUUCCACCAUUCUACCAUUCCACCAUUCUACCAUUCCACCAUUCUACCAAUCCACCAUUCUACCAUUCCACCAUUCUACCAUUCCACCAUUCUACCAUUCCACCAUUCUACCAUUCUACCAUUCCACCAUUCCACCAUUCCACCAUUCUACCAUUCUACCAUUCUACCAUUCCACCAUUCUACCAUUCCACCAUUCUACUAUUCCACCAUUCUAUCAUUCCACCAUUCUACCAUUCCAUUGUUUCAUGCUUCGCAAAUUUAUCGGCUCUACUAAGCAUUUGUCGCUGAUUAA